ACUCAUAAACCCCUUGCUCACAGACUCACACUAGUACUCUAGUACACUCUAAAACCCUCUUAUCUAAAACUUCCAUUGAACAUCAAAAACCUCAAAAAAUUCAAAGAAUGUUCUUCGUUCUAACUGCACCACCUCAGUCUCUUCCAUUACUGUUAUGCAAUAAUCAUCCCAAUUUUCACCUUCCAAACAAAACCCAAUUCCAAAAAUUCAAACUUUCGAAGAAAUGGAGAUGUUCUGCUUCUUCAAAGCAACCUCAACAACAGCAAAAUCAACCCAGAAAAAAGGAAGAACCAUCAACGAGUGAAAAACGAGUUGACCCAGUUGGAUUUCUCACUCGACUCGGCAUUACCCACAGAGCUUUUUCUCAGUUCUUACGUGAAAGGCACAAGGCUUUGAAGAAUCGUAAAGAUGAAAUAUUUGAUCGGUUCAUCAACCUCAAAGAGUUGGCUUCAGGGCAUGAAUUAUUGGGUGUCCAUCGACACCCGCAGCAUCGUGCCGAUUUCAUGGAAUGGGCUCCAGGUGCACGAUAUUGUGCUCUAGUUGGUGACUUUAAUGAUUGGUCUCCUACUGAGAAUUCUGCUAGAGAAGGUCACCUUGGCCAUGAUGAUUAUGGGUACUGGUUUGUUAUUCUUGAUGAUAAGUUGAGGGACGGAGAAGAGGCUGAUGAUCUGUAUUUCCAGCAAUACAAUUAUGUUGAUGACUAUGAUAAAGGUGAUAGCGGGGUUUCUAUUCAUGAAAUUUUUCAGAAAGCAAAUGAUGAGUACUGGGAACCAGGGGAGGACCGCUUCCUGAAAUCUCGAUAUGAAGUAGCAUCCAAACUGUAUGAACAAAUGUUUGGUCCAAACGGGCCACAAACGAUGGAGGAAUUAGGAGAUAUUCCAGAUGCUGAAACAAGAUACGAGGCUUACAGAGAACAGCAUAAAGAUAAGCCUCCUGAAUUUUUCCGUUAUGAUGUGAUUGAUAGUGAGAAGGAAUAUGACAUUUAUAAUGUUGUGGAUGAUCCUAUAUCUCGAGAGAAAUUUCGUAAAAAGAAGCCUCCUCUUGCUUACUGGUUUGAGACACGGAAAGGAAGAAAAGCUUGGAUGAAGAAGUAUAAUCCUCGUCUUCCUCAUGGAAGCAAGUACAGGGUCUAUUUCAACACUCCUAAUGGGGCUUUGGAGAGAGUUCCAGCCUGGGCUACUUAUGUUCUUCCAGAUGUGGAGGAAAAUCAAGCUUGUGCAGUUCAUUGGGAUCCACCCCUUGAGAGUGCUCACAAGUGGAGGAACAAGCCUCCGAAGCUUUCAAAGUCCCUGCGUAUCUAUGAAUGCCACGUUGGAAUUAGUGGGUUAGAGCCAAAAAUAACCUCCUUUAAUGAUUUUACUGAAAAGACUCUUCCUUUCAUAAAGGAGCUCGGAUACAAUGCAGUCCAGUUAUUUGGAGUUAUAGAGCACAAAGAUUACUUCACAGCUGGUUAUAGAGUUACAAACAUGUAUGCUGUAAGCAGUCGAUAUGGCACUCCAGAAGACUUUAAGCGCUUGGUUGAUGAAGCUCAUGGUCUAGGACUGCUAGUCUUCUUAGACAUUGUGCAUUCAUACUCAGCAGCAGAUGAGAUGGUUGGAUUGUCGCAUUUUGAUGGAACAAAUGACUGCUACUUUCAUACUGGAAAACGUGGACAGCACAAAUACUGGGGAACUAGAAUGUUCAAGUACGGCGAUGUUGACGUGUUACAAUAUCUCCUUUCCAAUCUAAAUUGGUGGGUUGAAGAAUAUCAAAUUGAUGGCUUCCAGUUUCAUUCGCUCUCUUCAAUGAUUUAUACACACAAUGGCUUUGCUACUUUUACUGGUGAAUUGGAGGAAUAUUGCAAUCAGUAUGUAGACAGGGAUGCCCUUAUGUACCUCAUUAUGGCAAAUGACAUCCUGCAUGCUCUGCAUCCCAAUAUUAUAACAAUUGCAGAAGAUGUGACACAUUAUCCUGGAUUAUGUGAACCCACUUCUCAAGGUGGACUAGGGUUUGAUUACUACGUUAAUACUUCUGCGUCUGAGAUGUGGUUAUCCUUUCUCGAGAAUGUUCCUGACAACAAAUGGAGCAUGAGUAAGAUUGUGACAACUUUAAUGGGAAACAAAUUGUACGCUGAUAAAAUGAUUCUGUAUGCUGAAAAUCACAAUCAGUCUAUAUCUGGAGGGCGGUCUUUUGCAGAGAUAUUGUUUGGUAAUAUUGAAGAACAGUCACCAAAAUCAACAGACCUAUUGCUGAGAGGGUCAUCAUUGCACAAACUUAUCAGGCUGAUUACCUUUACUAUCGGUGGUCGUGCCUAUCUCAAUUUCAUGGGCAAUGAAUUUGGGCAUCCAAAGAAAGUUGAGUUCCCAACAGCAAGCAACAACUUCUCUUUGGAACUAGCAAACCGUCGUUGGGAUUUGUUGACAGACCAAGGAUUUUAUUCUGAUUUGUUUUCUUUUGACAAGGACAUGAUGAAAUUGGAUCAAACCGAAAGGGUCCUGUCUAGAGGCUUACUAAAUGUUCAUCAUGUAAAUGAUGAUACUAUGGUAAUUUCUUACAUGAGAGGUCCUCUUUUGUUCAUAUUCAACUUUCAUCCAACUAACUCAUAUGAGAGAUAUAGUGUUGGAGUUGAAGAAGCUGGAGAGUAUCAGAUCAUAUUAAACACUGACGAGAAGAAAUAUGGUGGAAGAGAUAUUAUCAGCAGCGAGCAAUAUCUCAAAAGAAGCAUUAGGAAGAGAAUCGAUGGUCUCCAGGACUGCCUACAAGUGCUAUUACCUAGUAGAACUGCUCAGGUGUACAAAUUAUCUCGAAUAUUAAGGGUAUGAUUGUUUCACGGAUAGAGGAGAGCUAUAUUGUGGACUAUUCAGCCUGCUUCUUGAACUGUUGUUACUAUGCUAAUUGUAAUAUGAUUAGCAAGCUUCACAGCUAAGAAUCUGGAUAACAGGUCAAGAACAACAUGCCUAUUGGUAAAGGAUAAAGGACAGACUUGUAUCAAAUGAUUAUGGCAACUCAUCUCAAAGUGGACAAUAUUGUACAUAUUGCUAUGAUACAAUAAUCAGUUCUAUUGGAGGAUUAUAUGGAUUGCAUAGCCAGUGAUCUUGUUCAGAACAUUUUUGUAAGGUACUGUAUUCAUCUGCUACUCUGGCUACGAAAAUGAUGCCGUUAUGCCAAAAGAAGGGUUAUGGUGAUAAACUGGAUGCAUCAUGCCAUGAUCUGUGAACACUGUAGAUUUGUAGGAUAGAGAUGGUUGAAGCUUUUUUAUAGCAAGUUUAGGCCAUGUUUUGUAAAUAUAUUUUGAGAUAUAUGUAGGUAAGACCUUGAGAGGAAGGUAGCUUAAACUAUUGGAGUGACAUUGGAGGUCCAUUUGGACAGAAAAUGUAACCAUAGUGGUGAACUACUGAUGUACACUUUUGAAUAUAUAUGAUCAUCCAAUGCUUUGCUAUGUCAA